CGCGGUCUCGUCGAUGCCGAUGUCGCCGCUAAGGCCGACGUUGCUAAGCUCGCCAAGGUUGACGCUGAUGUUGGCGCUCACGUGCUCAAGCGUUCCGUCAUCGGAGUUAACGCCGAUGUCGAUGUCAACCUCCUCAAGAAGAUCAAUGCCGCCGCUGGUGUCGAUGCCAAGGUCAUCCCGCGCGGCCUCGUUGACGCCGAUGUUGCUGCUAAGGCCGACGUUGCUAACCUCGCCAAGGUUGACGCUGAUGUUGGCGCUCAUGUGCUCAAGCGUGGUCUUGUCGAUGCCGACGUCGCCGCUAAGGCCGACGUUGCUAAGCUCGCCAAUGUCGACGCUGAUGUUGGCGCUCACGUGCUCAAGCGCUCGAUCAUUGACCUCGGUAUUGACGUUGACGCCGAGCUCCUUGACAAGAUCCAGGCCGCCCUUGAUCUUGAUGUUUCGCUCCUGUAA